AUGAAGGUGCCUGAGGGGCUGUGGCUGUGCCUGAGCUUUGGCUGUGCUGCCUCCCUGAGCCCCUCGUGCCUCUCAGCCCAGUUCAGGAGAAAUGGGGAUUUCAUCCUGGGGGGGCUGUUCCCCUUCGGGAAGGAGACGGUGAACCUGAGAGAGAGGGCAGAGCCCACCCUGCUGCGCUGUGAGAGGGGGGCCAUCGCCCUGCGCCGCAACUACAGCGACUACCGGCCCCGCGUCACCGCCCUCCUCGGGCCCCACAACUCCGACCUCUGCCUGCUCACGGCCAAGCUCUUCAGCUCCUUCCUCAUCCCCCAGGUGAGCUACGGAGCCAGCAGUGAGAGCCUGAGCAACACGGAGCUGUUCCCGUCCUUCUACCGCACGGUGCCCGGGGACAAGAACCUGGCCGAGGCCCUGGUGCUGCUGCUCAGCCAGUUUGGCUGGAACUGGGUGGCCACAGUGGCCAGUGAUGAUGAGUACGGCCGGGGAGCCCAGGCUCUGUUCCUCAGCAUGGCCGGAGCUGACAACAUCUGCAUCGCCUUCGAGGGGCUCAUCCCUGCGGACCUGGCCGAGCCCAGCGCCAGGGGGCAGCUGGAAAACAUCAUUAAAUUAAUUAACAGCACUAAGGUUAAUGUUGUGGUGCUGUUUGCUCACAGCCUGCCAGCACAGGCGCUGCUGGAACACAGCAUCAGGAUGGGGCUGGGGAAGAAGGUGUGGAUUGGCACCGAGGCCUGGCUGCUGUCGGACAUCGCUGCCUCCACCCCCGACAUCCAGAGCGUGGGGACAGUGCUGGGCUUUGUCAUGAGGGCAGGGACAGUCCCUGGCUUCCAGGAGUACGUGGCUGAGCUCUUCAGCUCUGUGGUGCAGGAGGAAUUCUGUCAGGAAUCGCGGCGGCUGAGCGGGCUGCUGGACGCCGAGGUGCUGGGCACGCGCUGCCAGCACUGUGACCACGUCACCCUCGGGGACAUCUGGCCCAUGCUGACGGUGACCGUGGUGCAGCCCGUGCAGGUGGCCGUGUACAGCGUGGCCCACGCCCUGCACAGAGCCCUGGGCUGCACCUCCAAAGGCUGUCCCAAAACACCCAUCAGGUCCUGGCAGCUGCUGCACUUCAUGAACACCCUCCCCUUCGAGGUGAACGGCCAGAGCUUCAGGUUUGAUCAAUCCCAUGGCACAAACACAGGGUACAAACUCAUCUUCUGGGCCUGGAGGGAUGGCAGCGUCACCUACCUGCCCGUGGGGGACUAUGACCAGUCCCUGUACAUCCAGAAGUCCCAGAUCCAGUUCCACACCCCAGAUAAGAAGGAGCCCACGUCCGAGUGCUUCAGGCGCUGCCAGCCAGGACAAUUCAGAAGAGUAAAAGGAUUCAACCUCUGCUGCUAUGACUGCACAGACUGUUCAGAAAACACCUUCUGGAGCGGCACAGACAGCCCCGGCUGCUCGCCGUGCCCUCAGCACCAGUGGGCCCCGGCCCGCAGCACGCGGUGCCUGCAGCGCGGCGAGCGUUUCCUGUCCUGGCGCAGCCCCCCGGCCGUGGCGCUGCUGGCCCUGGCGGCCCUGACGGGCUCGGCGAGCGGCGUGGCAGCGCUGCUGUUCCUCAGACACCUGCGGAGCCCGCUGGUGCGGCUGGCCGGGGGCUCCAGGAGCGUGCUGGCCCUGCUGUGCCUCGGCUGCGCGCUCUUCGUGGGCCGGCCCGGCGCCGCGCUCUGCGCCCUGCAGCAGCUCUGCUUCGCCCUCUGCCUCAACGGCUGCUUCUCCUGCCUGCUGCCCAAGGCCCUGGAGGUCGCCCUGCUGGCAGAAUUCCCUCGCUGUGCCCCCAGGCUGCUGGGCUGGCUCACCCGGGGCCGGGCCUGGCUGAUGGUGGCAGCGUCCCUCCUCAUCCAGGUGCUGCUCUGCUGCUGCCACCUUUACCUGGGCCCCGAUUACCUGGUGCUCGACUACAAAUCUCUGCCCAGCGAGGUGCUGCUGGUGUGUGGCACCCAGUCCUGGGCCGCCUUUGCCCUCCUGCAUGGCUACAACGGCUUCCUUGCCUUCCUGUGCUUCCUGUGCACCUUCAUGGUGCAAACCCCAGGCAGCAGGUACAACGUGGCCAGGGGCAUCACCUUCGCCACCCUCAUCUGUUUGGUCGUCUGGAUUUUCUUCCUCGUCAUUUUUGCCACGCUCAGGACGGUCCUCAGGGCUGUCACGCAGAUCUGCACCAUCCUGGCCACCACUCUGGGGAUUUUGGCUAGUUACUUCGUACCCAAGUGCUACAUCCUGCUGUUCAGGCCUGAUCUGAACACGGAGGAUUAUUGCCAGAAUCUCGCUGAGGAGCAGCCAGAGGUGAACAGACAAUAAAAAAAAUCCUCUGUCAGAUUUUAAGGAGAAAAUCCUGUUUGUGAGCACUCCGUGGCCCCAGGCACAAUCACAGGGCUCAGCACUUGCAGCCCUUUCAGCCCCAAAAAAGAGCCAAAAAUAGGUUCAGUUAAUGAAACAACCCCCAGAAAUGAUAUUUUACAUCAUCUCAAGCUGGCAAUGUGAGCCUCAGCAACACCACUGCCCUUUAAAUGCUUCUGGAAUUUUCCCUUUCUUACUAAUUAACAGCUCCAGAGACACAUCCAGGAAUCCUUUCCCAAGCCUUGUAAGAAUUUUCAAACAUAUCCAAUAAAAGAGAAGUAAAAAGAACAUUCUGACAGCAACAGCAGCUGUGUGUGACACAAAGGGGGGAUAUCAGACAUUCAAAUCCCAGCUCAAUUUGAGUUCAUGGAAAUCAGGGGAAGGCUCAUGGAAAUGAGCUCUGUGCAAAUCACACUCUCCAAAGGCAGGGCAGGAGGUUCCUCCAUCCCCAAAAAACAGGCAAAGAUCACCAAAAACUUCACAUUUUUGCCAAGCAGGACCAAGUCAAUACCCAGUCACAUCACCAAGAUUUUGCUUUUCCCCACUCAUGUUGACAAGUAACUAUUCUGCUCUUUUAUUCCUUAAAAGUUUUUCCAUUUCUGCUCUUUUAUUCCCUAAAUUAAAAUUUUUCCAUCUUUCCAUUGUGUGUUAUUAGAAUUUAAUCAGUGAACUCAAUUAAAGAAUUUGUAAAUUAAUCUAAACCAGUGAAUAUUUUCAUUCUUAAAAAAAAAAAAAGAACCUUUUGGUGCACUGCAAAGUUACUUGUCCUUAAUUUUUGUCAUCAACUCCAUCCAAAAUUAUUGCUCAGUGUGAUUAAAAAAACCAAAACUCUGACCUGGAGCCUGGAAUUCUUGUUCCUGGAGCCUGCAGGAAUUCUUCACACCCCCAUUGGUGCACCUGAAAUUCUCAGUGUUCCUUGCUCCAGGGCUGUGGUUCCAUAGCAGACAAGCAUUAAAUAACUUUUGAGCAUCAUUCCAGAAAUAGGGAAAGGAAAAAAAAAUCUCAUUUAACUCCACCAGGUCCUGCAGGAAAAGGCUGUCCAAAAAUUCUGAUAAUUUAAUACUCAGAACCUAAGUUCUGAUCAAUUAAUAUUCACCUAAAUUCUGAUCAUUUAAUAUUCACUUAAAUCCUGACCAUUUAAUAUUCACCGAAAUUCUGGUAAUUUAAUAUUCACCUAAAUCCUGACCAUUUAAUAUUCACCUAAAUUCUGACCAUUUAAUAUUCACUUCACAGGAAAAUGCUGGGAUUUAUGGUAUUUAAAUGAUGUUUCACUCUC